AUGCUCUCCUCAAUGCUCAAGGAGCACCAACAAAAGCAGCAGCUUCGCCGCGAGAUGCAAGAAAAAUAUAAAAAUGAAGCCGUGGUUGCUGCGCAGGAUCUUUCGACGUCCGUGGUUGAUCAUUUAAAUGCCAGGGUUUCACAAGCAUAUCACCACCAAAAGAGGCUAGAUAUUGAGGCGAAAAGAUUCGAUAAUCAUACCGUCGCGCUUGCGAAGCAAGUUUCACAAUGGUACGAAGUGACGGAUGCUUUAAAUUCAGCUUUAAAAGAGGUUGGUGAUGUCGAAAACUGGGCUACGACUAUCGAAAAUGAUAUGGCAUUCAUUGCCGAGACGCUGAACCGAGUUUUUAAAGAAAAUAGUCAACGUGAAUCGACCUCGACGGAACCGGAAGCUGAUGAAGCUGAAGAGCCGACGAAUAGC